CAGGCUUCCCCUAAGGAUAAACCAGAAGAGCUACACACACAUGCACACACACUCAGGCCUGAGCUCGGACUAUAGUUUAGCCAAAACACGGAGAAAAUAAAUCAUGAUUUUUUGGGUGAUUACAAGUCUGCUGCUGGAGGGGGCUGUGGUUGCAGGUGUAGCCCUGGACCCGUGCUCUGCCUACAUCAGCCUGAACGAACCCUGGAGGAACACAGACUACCACGUCAACCAGACAGCCGGCGUGCCCCUGUGUGACAGCCACGUGUCUGGAGAGUGGUACCGCUUCACUGGCAUGGCCGGGGAUGCCAUGCCUACCUUCUGCGUCUCUGAGAACCACUGUGGCACCCAUGCACCCAUCUGGCUCAAUGGCAGCCACCCUCAACCCAACGAAGGCAUCGUCACCCUGCCCGUCUGCGCCAGCUUCAACGACAACUGCUGCCAGUGGAACGCCACUGUGGACGUGAAGGCCUGCACUGGAGGAUACUUUGUCUAUCGCCUGCCCAGACCCUCAGUCUGCUUCCAUGUUUACUGUGGCCAUUUCUAUGACAUCUGUGAUGAAGUGGACUGUGCAGGUCCCAGAUGUCCCGAGUCUGACUGUCGCUGUGCACCUGGAACUGUUCUGGGACCAGACAGACAAACAUGCCUGGAUGUGAAUGAGUGUGAGAAGGCCAACGGUGGCUGUGCAGAGGUGUGCGUGAACACCAAAGGCUCCAGGCGCUGUGAGUGUGGGCCGGGCCGCGUGCUGGAUGAGGAUGGACGCAACUGCAGAGAGAUAGCAGGCUGUCAUGUUAACAAUGGAGGAUGCAGCCAUGGCUGCUCCUCGCUGCCGGACUCCUAUCAGUGCCACUGUCCCAGAGGGCUGGAGCUGGGAGAGGAUAAACGCACAUGUCAGGUGCCAGUCCAGUGUGAUCCCAGCUCUAUUAUUGUGUCAGUUCCUAAGGACCUUGUAGGAGGACUGGAGCUCUCCCUGUCCAACACGUCUUGUCGAGGUGUCUCUAAUGGCACCCACAUCAACCUCAGCUUCAGCCUCAAGACCUGCGGCACAGUGGUGGAGGUGACAGAAGACAAGAUUGUGGGGACCAACCUGGUGACGGGCCUCCCUCGGAGCAGCCCAGGCAGCAGCAAGGACUUGAUAGUCCGCACCAGCAAGUUAGUGCUCCCAGUCACCUGUGAGUUCCCCAGGGAAUACCAAGUGUCGGACGAAUACCAGGCGAGUCAGCGUGGCUCGGCCCUCGAGCUGGCGGGCCACAGCGAGGGAGUCUUCCCCUUCUCACUGGAGCUCUUCAAGAGCGCAGAGUUCGCGGAGCCCUACCGUACCCCGCCUCAGCUCCGCCUGCACGACUCCCUGUUCUUCGGGGUGGAGCCGAAGGAGAGGGUGGAGGGCCUCUCUGCACUGGUGGAGAGCUGCUUCGCCACGCCAGGGCCCAAAGCUGACGAGGCAAUCAAGUAUUACCUCAUCAAAGACGGGUGUAUCUCUGAUGAAACAGUGACACAGUACUCGUCAAAGGACCAGCUCUCUAAGCACUACCAGGUCCCUGUCUUCAAGUUCGUUGGCAAGGACAACCGACAAGUGUUCCUCCACUGCCAAGUGUUAGUGUGCGGGGCGGGAGAUUCACACUGCGUUCAGCGAUGUCGAGGACGUGCCCGCCGAGAGGUCCGGACCGGUGAACCUCGGGAGAAGCACACACUUAGUGGAGGCCCCAUCUUCAUCCUGCCUGAGCCGUGACGCAAACUAACUUAAACAGGCUGAAAAACACCAAACACAAAAAUAACAUUCCCAGAGUAGCAUUUAGAUUAAAGGAGAUGAGCUGACCAUUUCAGUUUAUUUGGUAGUUAAAAGUCCCUCAUAUACACAUAUACAUGCAGAUGUACAGUAUAUACGCUCUUCUCUAUGCCUAUGUAAGUUCCAGUGUCAGUCACAGUGCUGUAAAUCAUUUGAAUUCUGCAGAAUACAUCCACAUCUGUGUGUGUGUCAUUGCCACUUUGCCCUGACAGCACAGUUUACUGACGUUAAAGUGAAUGACAUUUCUAUUAGAAAUCAUGCGGAGGGGCCACAGUUCAUUUGUAACAACUACAGCGUGAAGGAUGUUUUUCUAGGUCACACUUUCAGGCAUUUCUCAGGCUUGAUUGCAGCUUAAAGACUUAGUAGAUUUAUAGAAGUAUAUUUCACACCAUCUCUGACUUGAAAAAUACAUGUGGAACACCCGUAGAUGUAUUUUGACUCAUUUGCUCAGUAUAAUCGAUGGCUGGGGGUUCACAUCACACAUCCCAGUGUGGUGGAAAAGAGAUAGCAGUGUGACAUUAUGCAUACGCUUCAUCACUGACAAUUAAUCGCGUCAGUUAAACUGCAAUUAGUCAUGUAUUCAUUCAUUCAUAAAAAAAUAACGAAUAACUGGCAAAUAACUUACAUCAAACAUUAACGUAGUAGCUGUAAGAGGCAUUACAUUUACACAACGCUGACUUUGAGCAUAUUAUCUUGAUAAAUAGCAGCGCACAACAAACUGAGUGCGCUAAUUAAAUUGUGUCUUUCUAUCUAGAGGAAAUGAAUCCAACUACAAUAUCCUUCCCAUCAGGCACUUUGUUUGGAGUCAUCAAAGUAAUUUAUGGUAAUGGAGUCAUAAAGGCCUAAAAAUGGCCUAAAAUGAAAUGGAGUAUGGAGAGCACACCAUGCAUAAGCAGUUAAUUAAGAUUCUGAAUGUCAUAAUCAGAUACCUAAUAUAUGUCAGUGCUGCCUAUGAAUAAAACCUAAGAAACUGUU